AGAAGUAAAAGUGUAAGGCAUUGGGGUGCAAUGGCCAUUGCAAAGAGCGCUGUUCUUAUCUUGCUCUUUGCAUUGGUCUGCAACGCGAACGGAGCACCAAAACUACCACGUAUUGCUGGUCCUGACAUGUUCAAGAAUAAAAAUGUGGCUAAGGAUGUUCUACUUCCUGGCGAGCAAAUAAUUAACGUCAUGGAUUUUGGAGCCAAACCUGAUGGCAGGUUCGAUUGCACCCAGGCGUUCAUGGAUGCAUGGCAAAAGUUGUGCCAUCAAACGACGGGGCCAGCGAGGCUUUUGAUUCCUGAAGGCAGAUUCUUGGUUUCGUCUAUGUAUUUCAGUGGACCAUGCACUUGUCAAACUCCAGUAACAAUUCAAGUUAAAGGGUAUGUGAUGGCUACCACGGAUAUUUCGGAGUAUGAAAACGGCGACUGGCUCAUGUUCGAGAAGCACAAUGGCUUGAAAAUUAUUGGCGGGGGCACUUUCGAUGGGCAGGGAAAGAAGUCGUGGGAGUACUCCGAGAAUUGCGAAUCUGGUGCAGACAGUGUUUGCGCCAGGAAUCCAAGCAGCCUUUUCUUCAGCGAUAGCAGCAACGUGGUUGUACAGGGCAUCAGGACUGCUAAUCCCAAAGGCUUUCACAUAUUCGUUACCAAAUGUACAAACGUAAGAUUGAGAAAACUGAAGCUGGUUGCCCCGGAAACCAGCCCCAACACUGAUGGCAUCCAUGUCAGCCACUCUGACACCGUGAUUAUGUCCAGAAACACCAUUGCAACUGGGGAUGAUUGCAUCUCUAUGAUACAAGGAGUGAAAAAUGUUUUCAUCAACAGACUCAAGUGUGGCCCUGGCCACGGUAUAAGUAUCGGUAGCCUUGGGAAAUAUCAGAAUGAGGAAGAGGUGAGAGGCAUUCGAAUCCAGAAUUGCUCAUUGAUCAACACAACCAAUGGCCUCAGAGUGAAAGCAUGGCCAGAUAGAUUUGCAGGUGCAGCCUCAGACAUAAGCUUCAGUAACAUUAACAUGCAAAAUGUCAGGAACCCUAUCAUCAUUGACCAAGAGUAUGAAUGUUAUCCAGACUGCAAAAAGAAGCCGUCACUUGUAAGGAUCCAAAAUGUUCAUUUCCAAAAUGUGAAAGGAACAACAACUUCACCACUUGCAGUGGACUUAAGGUGCAGCAAGCUGUUUGGAUGCCAAGGUGUUACAGUUAGAGACAUUGACCUGAAGUUUGGAGAUGCCCCAACCACCUCAAGAUGUGUCAAUACUCAACCUCUCUUUGCUGGUUUGCUAAUGCCCCCAGCUUGCGCAUAGGUGUCAUGCCUUAUUGCGAUUUUUAGAUCGAGCUAUAACGGGAGUUUACAUAUGCUAGGAGCAUGUUUGUAUGGGGGAAAAUGUUCUUGUUUUUUUGAGGAAUGGUUUUCGUUCACGUUUGAUUGAUUAACUAAAUAAAGUUAAAACGCCUUCAAUGCCUACUA